UGCUUCCCCCGGUACAGCUCUAUCGUUGAGGUCGAGGGGAGGGAAUGGAGAACGAGAGGCAGCACCUUCUAUACGCCGACCAGAGGGGGGGGGGAUGGAGAACGCCCAGAUCGGGCGUUGCUGCGUGCGGCGGCAAGCGAUACCGCGGCUGGCGGUGCUGUGCUGGGACCGCGGCCGGCGCUUCCUCCCGGGCUGGCGGCGCUUGCCUCCCAAGCUUGGAUCCGGCGCUGGCAAGGCCAGAUCCGGCGGCGGUGAGCUCGGCACCCGCGCCUCCACGCCGAGCUCGGCGCGGCCCUCCGCGCGUUGGAUCCGGUGUUCGCGAGGCCGGAUCCGGCGGUGGUGAGCUCGGUGCCUGUGCCUCCACGUCGAGCUCGGCGCGCCUACUAGCGCCGCCGCCCCGUCGGGGCUGGUGGGCGGCGGUGGCGGCGCGUUCGGGUGGGACGCCGUCUGGUGGGUCGCGGCGGCGGAGGCGAGGGGCGCUUGAGCCUCCGCGCCGUCCCACUCCCCGCAGCGGGCCUCGCCGGCCUCUGCUCGCUCUCCCUCAACGAGGACCACACCAACGAGGACGACGCCGGCCCCAUGUGGGCGACUGCGCACUGCCCCGAUCCAUUCCCGACACCUCCUCGCAUCCGCCUCGCGGAGCGGCAUUCCAUCGAGCACCUCACUGGCGCGGACGCCCACCGCCUCCCACCGCAUUCCAAAAGAGGAGAGGAAGACGACGACGUGGCACCAUGGCGACGGCACAGGCAGCCUCGGCGUCCCCCACCCACCACCGCGUGUCCCCGGGGACGUCGCCGCCGCAGCCGCCGUACCCCAGCGCCUCCAGGAUCGCAGACUCUGCCUGCUUCCCCCAGUUUGGAGGGCAACCAGGACAAGAGCAAGUGUCAGCAGCAGUUCGACAAUUACAAGGAGUGCAAGAAGAAAGAGUCCUCACGCAGUCCUCACUUCUUUGCAAAUGGCAGUGUUCCACUCGUGGAGGAGGACGAUGAGCGCGGCUGCGGGCUGAGGAGGACGCUGAAUACUUGUUUCAAAACUUUUGAUGUGUAAAUACAUUCUGCCUGUUUCCAAGUUCCCAUUUUUAGCUCUCAGAAUGUUUGUGCAUAUUGCUACAUGCACGUUUGUUUUGCUUAAUCAUUCAAAAGGAAAACCCUGAAACAAGCUUGUUUUGACAAUAAUUGCAUUAUUGCUGUCUUCUUGUACAAUCAUAUUUGUGCAUUCAUAUAGUAGUACAUGGUAAUCUUUAAAUAAAGUGGUACACAUGUACUGAGUUUCUUCUAUAUUUAUCUUUACUCUUGAGUUUCAAAAAUAUUUCUCAUUUAUGGUAGGUACAUUGGGGCAGCCGGCAAUCAGGGGUAGCGUUGUGCAGUAUGCGUGCACCACGGUGGUCAUCGGUACCACAUCCGCGUCCUCCUCCGCGAGCAGCAGUCGAUAGCUGGGCAAAACCUCUCGCAAUUUGACUCGUCUGCUCCGUCUCCAGCCGUCCUCACUUCUUUGAUCUAUGACAGUUCCUUAGAUUCUUGACGUAGCUGAACCAUUACAAACGGCGGCAAGCUCCCUUGCUCGUGGAGUAGGUAUACAAUGUAUAAUUCCAUAUCAAAGUUCAAAUCCCAUGAACACGUACUUUAAGCAGUGUUUUGAUUAGGGCCUUGCUUCUCUAAGACACUGGCCGGGACCAUGUACAUUUUUGUUUUGGAUGGGGCUUUGAUUCUCAAAUAAAUUUGCACAUGAUCUUUUAUAUUAUUUCAAAGCUAGUUGUCGAAACACAAUAUGUAUAGGUACAUGUACCGCACUUUGAUAUUCUUUGAUUUUGUUUCAGAAA